AACGACGACGGCGAAAAAGAGCAGCAGAUUCUGGUGAAAAUAGCCAAAAAAAGGAAAGUCCAGGAAAAGGGUCGAAAACGUUGAAAAGGAGAAACUCGGAUUCCUUGUUAAGGGCGAAGAUACAAUAUUUAUUCCGUGUCUCCUGGGAUGCCUCCUGCUCCCGUCUAUUGUCCUCCCCAUUCCUCAGUGCUGAUGCUUAAUUUUCAAAACUUCUAUAUUACCAAGGGACCUACGACAUCAGCCGAGAAAUACCCUGCAAGUACAAAAUCCGUGCGCCAGCCCCGUCCGUGCAGAGGGGAGACGCUCGCGUUCCGCCAGCUUUUUCCUGCCGUUUGCACCGAGCACGAGCGAAGGGGAGGACUUUUUUUUUUUGAUUUGGUUUUCUUCCAUUCUUUCGCCUUUUCCCGUGGAGGAUUUUAACGCAUUAUUUUUGAUUAUUUGCACUAUUAUUGUUAUUAUUGUUCGAUCGGGCGGAACGAGGAGAGACAAAAAAACACGGGUUUACUUUGGAGAGAAAGCACAAUGUCAGCGACCUUCCCCGGACUUGUCCACGACGCAGAGAUACGUCACGACGGAUCGAACAGCUACCGGCUCAUGCAGCUCGGCUGCCUGGAGUCCGUGGCCAACUCGUCGGUCGCCUACUCCUCGUCGUCGCCGCUCACCUACCCGGCGCCGGCGGGCACGGAGUUCGCCUCGCCCUACUUCUCCGCCAACCACCAGUACACGCCCCUGCACCACCAGUCGUUCCACUACGAGUUCCAGCACUCGCACCCGGCCGUGGCGCCGGAGGCCUACGGGCUCAACUCGCUGCACUCGGGCCAGUACUACCAGCAGAUCCACCACGGCGAGCCCGCCGACUUCAUCAACCUGCACAGCGCGCGCUCCGCGCUCAAGUCGUCGUGCCUCGACGAGCAGCAGCGGCGCGAGCUCGGCUGCCUCGACGCCUACCGGCGCCAUGACCUGUCGCUGAUGACGUCGCACGGCUCGCAGGCCUACGGCGUGGGCAUGCACCACGCGGACCAGCGGCUGCUGCCCGCCGGCGGCCUGGGGCUCCCGUCGGCCGCGGCGGACGACCUGCAGGGCUCCGUGGAGGCGCAGUGUGGGCUCGUGCUGAACGGCCAAGGGGGCGUCAUCCGGAGAGGGGGAACGUGUGUGGUGAACCCCACAGACCUGUUCUGCUCGGUACCGGGCCGCCUGUCGCUGCUCAGCUCCACGUCCAAGUACAAAGUCACCAUCGCCGAGGUGAAGCGAAGACUGUCCCCGCCAGAGUGCCUCAACGCCUCCCUACUGGGCGGCAUACUGCGCAGAGCAAAGUCUAAGAACGGAGGCCGGUGUCUCCGGGAGAAGUUAGACCGUCUGGGCCUCAACCUGCCGGCCGGACGGAGGAAAGCUGCCAACGUCACGCUGCUCACCUCCCUGGUGGAAGGUGAGGCGCUCCACCUGGCGAGGGACUUCGGCUACACCUGCGAGACGGAGUUUCCCAGCAAGGCGGUGGGGGAGCACUUGGCGCGGCAGCACAGCGAGCCGAAAGAAACCAGCGCGCGCAAGAAAAUGGUCCUGGCCACGAAGCAAAUCUGUAAGGAGUUCCAGGACCUACUGAGCCAGGACCGCUCUCCUCUGGGCUCCUCCAGACCGACGCCCAUCCUGGACCUGGACAUCCAGAGACACCUCACACACUUCAGUCUGAUCACCCACGGGUUCGGCACGCCGGCGGUCUGCGCGGCCCUCAGCACCUUCCAGACGGUCCUGAGCGAGAUGCUCAACUACCUGGACAAGAGCUCGAGCGGCAAGACGGGCGGCCCCAACGACCAGCAGAUCAACAGCAGCUCGGAAAAGUCGCAGCUCCGGAAAACAUCCGAGCCCCAGAGCAAAGACGGGAAAACGGAAAAGACUGAGUAGCCCCCCCCCCCCGCCACCCCGCUCCCGCCUGGUCCCCGUGCCUUGGAGCGCUGCAUUUAGGAGUGUGUGUGUGUGUGUGUGUGUGUGUGUGUGUGUGUGUGUGGAUUUGUUCAUUCCCACAUGCGUUACUGUGUCUUCAUUGGGGACAAUUCAUAUUUAUUGUUAUUUAUUUACGUUGUUGUCGAAAACGCAACACUAACCUGAAGUGUCCCAAAUAAGACGUUGUGACGUGUGUGUGUGUGUGUGUGGUGACAAGGAGGAGCAUCGCCAUGGAGAGGGCUGUGACUCAUCCAGGACUUUUCUUUGUUUAUUUAUUAAUUUUGACCACAGGAAGUAAACAUGGACAUGCUGACAUCACGUACGAGUUCUACAGGACAGGGGGUGGGACCUACACAACAUGACUGACACACACACACACACACACACACACACACACACACACACACACACACACACACACACACACACACACACACACACACACACACACACACACACACACACACACACACACACACACACACACACACACACACACACACACACACCAACCAAAGGGUUUGGGGGCAAUUUGAUCCCACUCCAACUAAUUCAGGUGUGGAUUUUUUGGAGAAAUACAAAAACUUUUAACAUAAAACUUUUUUCUUUGUUCUUUUUUUCCUGUUUUGUAUUAAAUUAUUAAGAGGAACUUCUGACAUCAGCCACCAAAAUCCCAGUUUUGCUCGAAACCUCAGUCGAUUUCAUUGAAAUAAUUUUCACUUUUCCAAACAUUUUUUUAUGGAUUAAACUGAGAAAAAAAAAAUAUAUAUAUAUUGACCCUGACCCGAACCCGGAUACAUGCACACACACUCUCUCACACACACACACAACCCCUCCUGCCCCUGCACCAGAAACACACCUUUUGGUUUUUGGUUUUUUUUAAUUUCUAUGCUCUUACAAUCAGUGCCAUAGCAACCAGUGUGUUUACCGUGUGGACGACAGGAGAAAAAAGACUGUUUCAGGAUGUGAGACUGAUGUAAUGCCACUGCCUGAAGUGUGUGUGCGUGUGUGUGUGUGUGUGUGUGUGUGUGUGUGUGUGUGUGUGUGUGUGUGUGUGUGUGCGUGUGCGUGUGUGUGACAGAGAUAAAGGGAGUGAAAGCGAGAAGCGAAGGGUCCAACUCAGCCAUUUUGUAAGAGGUGACUCUGCGGUUGCCGUCGUUGCUCUUCUCCCCAUGUGCAUGUCUCUCUUUGUACACCCCCCC